AUGGAGAGAAAGAGACAGCUCGAAAAAAGGGACUUUGGAAAAAGGCUGUCUCUAGACAGCAGUCUUGUGGAAUACGUGGACUCCAAUAAAUACAUCGAGCACCUACUCACUCAACUCGAGGAGCAACACAGAAGUCUCUGGAGGGAGAAGUUGGCAGUGGCCCGACUGCAGCGAGAGGUUGCCCAGAGAACAAGUGAGGGGGCCAUGCAUGAGAAGCUGAUACAUGAACUGGAAGAGGAGAGACACUUACGUCUUCAAAGUGAGAAGAGGUUGCAGGAGGUGACCCUGGAGUCUGAGCGCACCAGGAUUCAGAUGCGGGGCCUGCAGCAGCAGUUCUCCAGGAUGGAAGAAACAGUACGAAAUCUAUUGCAGAGUCAAGGAACUCCAGAGCAGAAAAAAGAAGACACUCUUAAUAUAAUGGGCCAUCAGGGAAAACUGUCAGAAGAAGAGAGAAAACAUAAGGAAGCUGUGGAAGAUCUUCACAUGGUGGUAGAUGAGGAUUCAAGAAGUGAAAGCAGCAGUGCAGAUGAAGGCAAAGAAAAGACCAAAUUGCUGUUAGAGAGACUCAAAGCCCUAGAGGCAGAGAAUUCAGCCUUGGCUUUGGAAAAUGAAAAUCAAAGAGAACAGUAUGAAAGAUGUCUUGAUGAGGUAGCCAACCAAGUUGUUCAAGCUCUGCUCACUCAAAAGGAUCUAAGGGAAGAAUGUGUAAAGUUGAAAACAAGAGUGUUUGAUUUGGAACAACAAAACCGAACGUUAAGCAUCCUGUUCCAACAGCGUGUCAGACCAACUUCUGAUCUGCUCCUGCAGAAACUUCACUCACGCAUCUUAGAUCUUUCAUCUGGAGAUUUGCUUUCAGAAGUGGAAAGGAGCAGAAGUUUGACACAGUCACGCACUGAUGUUGAGCUGCACGAAUACCAACUGAAUGCAAAAUCAGGAACCCCAGCUUUGAAAUGCCCAGGCUUGGGGAUUGUUGUCCCUGGUCAUCUCUGUCCUCGAAACAGCUGCAGCAGCAGUGAACUGUCUCUUUCAAGCACCUGCAGCGAGUACUCCAGUGGCUCCUCCUACACAUGGCAUGAUGGGAAGAACCUCAGGAAAAGGCAAUCAUCACAGAACUGGGAUAAAAGGCUAAGUAUUGAUUCUUCGCUCCCAAGUGGCUUUGCUAGCCCUACGGAUGAACUACCUCCAACUCGUAUCAAGGAAUGCCACAUUUUGGAAGGGCUAAGAAAACUACAGAAGCGAAAAGUAUUACUUGAGCCCCCAUCAGUGAUAAGCAAAUGGGGUUACAAAGAUUGUAUGGAUUCAAAUGAAGGAAUAUACUCUCCAGGAAUUAAGAGUAGCAGUGUCAAGGAGUGUUCUCCCUGCAAAACAACUGACACAGGAAGCCCCCACAAGAAGCCUCACAAGGCAUUUGUCUUUGAUACAGAUUCCCACGAUGAAGCCAAUGACAGCUCUUCUUCCUUAGCGUUGCUCCAAGCAGCCCCAAGCCAAGGCUGCAGGCCCCAUGGUAGCAAGUUAACUCACAGUGUUUCUGACAGUCUGUUUGGCUGGGAGCCAGAUGGAACGCACUUUUCAGAAGGCACAUCCUCAGUUUAUCCCAGUGAAAGGCCUGAAAAGCUGACAAGUUGUGCCAGUUCCUGUCCCUUGGAGAGGAACCUGUGCCCAAGUGUGCAGGCACCUCAGGUACCAAGGGAGAGAGAUCCAUACAGCCAAAUCCAUGGCCGUGUGGCUCUCAACCUCCAGCUUUCAGACACUGAUGACAACGAAACCCUCAGUGAGUUGCACAUAGAGAGCAGUGAUGAGAAAAGUCCUUCAGAUUUGUCUUUGACUGCAGACACUGACAAGUCCUUGGAGAACCUGGAUGUCCUCAUGGGAUCUGGAAAAUCUCAACUUGCAUCUCCUGGUGAGGAGGGAAAACAAGUGCACAUCCGUGUAGAGACUAGACCAAAGACGUUCAGUCUCAUUAAGCAGCAAAGGGUUGUAAAAAGGACUUCUUCAGAAGAAUGUAUUACAGUCAUAUUUGAUGCGGAAGAUGGCGAGCCCAUUGAAUUCAGCUCUCACCAGACUGGAGUUGUCACUGUUACCAGAAAUGAAAUUUCCAUCAAUUCAGCUCCUACCGGACCCAUGGCAGAACACACUGAACUUUUAUCUCAGGGAAUUACCUGUUUACAGCCAGGAACAGCUGCAAGAGACUGUCCUUUCUUUAAAAGAUCUGAAGAGGAAACUGAGAAACACAUUCCAAAAGCUAAUGGAGAUAAUGUCCCUAUGGUGCCCACUGAAUCUUUGAGCCCCAGGACAGUGAUACAAAAUACUCAGCAACAAAGGCUGGCCAAGCCAACACACCGCCUGGCAUGCCAGAGUAGUUCCAGGUCCUCAGCAGCCAUGGGCAUAUAUCAAAAGCAAAGUCUGACGAAAAUUCCUGCCAGGGGCAAGUCUUCACCUCAGAAAUCAAAACUAAUGGAGCCUGAAGCCUCAACACUAGUCCCCUCUUCUGGCCCGGUGACUCUAGAAAAAUCACCAGCUUUAGCCCCUGGGAGACUAUCACGGUUCACAAAGACUGAAAGCCCAGGUCCCCUCUUUGAAUUACGACCAGAUUCACACAUUCCAAAACACCCCACCCAACUUCCUCAUAACUCCAGAGUGUCCAGCAGGAAGGACUGGGUCCAGUGCUCCAUGAGCCAGACUCCUGGAUCACGGUCAAAAUCCCUCAUGGAGCCUAGUGAUAGUGGAGAGCUCCCCACCAGGGACGGACACUGCAAAUCUGGGCCAGAGCUAGGAGCGAGAUCUCCUUCUCCCCCACCCCCUCCUGGAAGGUCAGUCUCCCUGCUGACCAGGCCCAGCCAUGACUACUUGCCACCACCUUCAACUUCCAAGCUUGAACCCAGGGUCCCCAGUGAAACAGCAAGGAUGCUAUUCAGAUCCCCUCUGGUGAAAGGAACUUCUGCUCCCGUUACAUCUUCUCAUCAGGCCACGGUGGAAGUACAGAGAAAGAAACCUUCUGUGGCCUUCAAAAAGCCUGUCUUCACUCACCCUCUGCCCUCCCCAGAAACAGUGGUUCAAACCAGGUGCCCUGCUCAUACUCCCUCCAGCUCAUUCACCGUGAUGGCCCCAGGCCCUCCAAAGGUCUCUCCAAAGAGAUGCGUCCCCAAAACCUCUCCUCACCAAACUCUUGGGAAUACACAAACGGACACAGAAUUACGGACUCCCAAGAAUUGUCCUUUAACCCAUGAGCCACUGGAAAUAUCAUGCUCUAGAAGUGUAUCUCCGGGAAGAAAGGGACAAUGGAAUGACAGUGUGUCCCCAUCCCCCAAGCCCUCCUUCUUAGGGGCAAAUGAGUCGCCAUCAUCUCAGGUUAGCAGUGUCUCAUCGUCAUCCUUCAAAAGCCAUAGUGCCCCCCAUGGUUGUCAGAGCACUCAUGAGAAAGGGCCAAAAACUCGCCUCCCAGUGGGACUCAAGAUUCUCAUGAAGUCUCCCCAAUUGCUCAGGAAAAGUUCCACGGUGCCAGGGAAACAUGAGAAAGACAGUUUAAAUGAAGCCUCCAAAAGUUCUGUGAGUAAGUCUAAGCCAGAGGACUCCAGGAAUCCAGCAAGCCUUGAGGAGACCUCAGUGGGUAACAGAAAUGUGACUACACUGGGUCUACAGGUACAGGGCAGUUUAGCUGAAGGGCUUCCCCUGGAAGCAGCACUGCCAGAGUCACUGGAAAAUGGGAUCCUUGGGGCUGAUGGAAGAGAUGGGGCAGAAAAUAGAUCUGUGAAAAGAUCUCUUUCCUCCAGCAAGCCACACCUCAAACCCGCUCUAGGCAUGAAUGGCGCCAAAGCCCGCAGCCAGAGCUUCAGCACUCACUCAGGAGACAAGCCCUCCACCCCACCUGUGGAAGGGCUGGGCAAAGUCCGCACUCAGAUCAUUACCAACACUGCUGAGAGAGGCAAUUCUCUGACCCGGCAGAACUCCUCCACUGAAGGCUCUCCCAGCAAGACCCCUUCUGUUCCCACGUCUGAGAGUCUCCCCAGUGCUGGGCGGUCCUUGGUGCCUCCCUCCUCCCGGCAAGGCUCCCUGGGGAGCUCAGGCAGCUCCAGCAGUCAACAUGGGAGUCCAAGCAAGUUGCCUUUGAGGAUCCCUCCAAAGUCUGAAGGAUCCCUUACCCCACCUGGAAAGGAGGAGCAGCAGGGAGAGUGUCCCAGUGUGGCUGUGCCCGUGCAACCAGCCAGUGACCUCUGCAGGUGCCCUCCCACCCCAACAGACUGCCCUCCAGCCCUGCAAAGCCCAGGGAGGAUGCAGCGUCCAAGCUAUUUUGAAACAAGCAGGACACCCAAGCUAGAAACUUCUGGAAGGCAUCCAGAUGGCCCCACAACUAGGACUGGUGCUUUGAGCUCAGAAGCCCCCCUCUCACCCACAAUCGAAGAAAAGGUCAUGUUGUGUAUUCAGGAAAAUGUGGAAAAGGGCCAAGUGCAAACACAGUCCCCCUCUGUGGAAGCAAAGCAGAAGCCCACCCCUUCUUUUGCCAGCUGGUUUGGUUUUCGGAAGAGUAGACUUCCAGCUCUCAGUAGCAAGAAAAUGGAUGUCUCCAAAACCAAAGUGGAAAAAAAAGAUCCAAAAGUCUUGGGGUUUGGAAACAAACAACUUAAAUCAGAAAGAAAAAAAGAGAAAAAGAAGCCUGAGCUACAAUGUAAGAUAGAAAAUGAGCUUGUCAGGGACACCAAGCCCGCAAAUAGUCCAGACGGUGGCUCACAGAGCAAAAAUAACUGGAAAACACCACAAGACAUUUACAAGCAAACGAAGUUUGAACCAAAAAAUAGACCCAGCCCUGUUACAUGCUCAUCAAAAGAUACCUUCCUGACAGAACUUUUGAACAGGGUGGAUAAGAAAGCAGCUCAACAGACAGAAAGUGGAUCAAAUAAUGUUUUCUGCAAGAAUAUGCUAAAGGGCAGUUCCCAGGGCUCCUUUGUCACCGUCAGCUCUAUCAGCACUCAAGGAAACCACAAGAAAAACAUCAAAACCAAAGCUGAUAUGGAAAUACCAAAAGACUCCCUGACAAAAGAGGCUAAUGAAAACUUGGAAGAGGAUGAAGAAGAUAGGAUCGCAGAUUCUGCAUUUCAGAGCCACAUCAUAGAAUCAAACUGCCAGAUGAGAACACUGGACAGUGGAAUCGGAACUUUCCCUCUCCCAGACUCGGGAAAUCGCUCAACCGGACGUUACAUAUGCCAGCCAGAGUCCCCAGAGGACACUGAGUCCCUCCUGCCCCUCCAGCCAGCCCUUUCUGCAGCUUCUUCUAUCAGAGCCCAAACCCUUGAACGUGAAGUGCCUUCCUCUACAGACAGCCGGCGCCCUCCAGACAGCGCCAUUGUUCAUUCCGCCUCUGACCCAGUCAUGACCGCCAGAGGGAUGCGACCUCUUCAAAGCCGCCUCCCCAAACCAGCCUCCUCAGGAAAAAUCAGUUCCCAAAAGCAGAACGAAGCAGAGCCAAGGCCUCAGACUUGCUCAUCGUUUGAAUAUGCUGAAAACACCAUGGCAAGUGAGCAGCUUCCAGCCUGGGGAAGUGAAGAUGCCAUCACUGAGACCCAGGACAAGGUACCCAGAAUGUGUACAUACUCUGCCAGCGGUGGCAGUGAUAGUGACAGUGACCUGGACUGUGGAGAUAAUGGUUUUGGAGCUGGAAGGGGACAGUUAGUGAAAGCACUGAAGAGCUCCACCCCAGGUAACACACGGGAGCAUCUGGUGCCAGUUCUGAUGUAUGAAAAUUUGCUACCUAUUACAUUGGUCUGCUUCUGCCACACUGCCUUUCUCUGGGCACCUAAGAACACAGCUAGGCCAGACAUCUCCAGGGGUGAUUUCAAGGCUUCACUUGGUCCUUCCUGGGACAGACCCCACUAA